AUGAACUCACAUUCUCGGUACCUUGGCAUCAAACAUCUCCAAUCUCACUUGCGAAUGAAGAUGACUUCGACAACCUACUGUGAAGGAGCCAUCAAGUGCAAGGACCCUCAAGCAAAGGUUAUUAUUGAGGCUAUUCUCAAGAAGAAAGGGACAGGGAAAGAAAAAAAUGUUGGCAGUGAUGAUGAAGAUGAUGGGACCAACGACAACAGUGCCGACAGGCCAAAGAAGAAGAAGAAAGGCAAGAAAACCCCAGAUAAACUUCCGUUGAACAUCGAGGUUGCUGCACACAUGAAGACACUGCGGAACCAGGCGAAGAAUCCACCCCUCAUGACUGUAAACCAACCUCCAAACCAUCGUGCUUUUGAUGGUUUGCAUGACGACCAAAUGGCUGCGAAAUCACCUCUCCUUCAGCGACAUUUAGCCGAUCGCAACAAGAACACAUCCAGUGCUCCAACCAUCAACUUCAACAUACCACCUGAGCUCCUUGGGUUCCUUCGUCCCCUGGCACCCGAGAAUGUGGCCAACACAGUAGCACUGCCACACAGAGACCGAGAGUUGAUGCCCCUCCUACCUCCAACAAUGCAGCCUGGUCUCGAUCUCACUGCUCAUUGA